CUAUUCACAAUUUAAAUCCUUAAAAUCUUUAAAAUAUUACGAUUUUACGAUCCAAAUCUUUGAGACAAUUUUACUUAUUUUCCUCAAAAUUUGCAAAAUUACACCUCUUUUUCUUCUCCUUCACCAACAUCAACUAGUUCUCUCACACUAACCACCAUCGACUAUAAUUAAUUCACAUCAACAUAUUAAUCAUCAUCGAUUCACCACCUCUUAACAGUAACCUUGAUAAAUUGGAACAUUAACCUUGAAAAAAUAUCAUUGUAAGUGUUAUUCACGAUUUUCCUUACUAAUAUUAUUCCGUCUUUCAUUUUUAUAUGGACCUUAAAAUUCUACGAUUUUAAGAUUCCGAUUUUACUCCUAUUUUCGAUUUUACGUAAAAUUCCGAUUUUGACUGCUUUGCCUCUCACUACAGUCACAAACCCCUUUUACAUAAACCCUAAUGAAGCCUUGAGCUACCCAAUCAAGCUCACAGGAACUGUAAACUACAACUUAUGGAGAAGAACCAUUCGAGUUGCUCUGAAGAGCAAGAACAAGUUGUGUUUCAUUACUGGGUCCAUUCCUGUUCCAGAUCCAACGGAUGCAAGUUAUCAAGCUUUGGAACAAAGCAACACUGUUGUCUACUUCCUGAUUCUACGGUCCCUUGACCUCAGCAUAGUGAACAGUGCCUCUUCUCAAGACAACGCCAAACUCCUCUGGAUGACCUAAGAUAGAGUUACGGUCAAACUGAUAACACCAGGAUCAGUGACCUCCAGACAGUUGUUUAUACACUAAAACAAGGUAACAAGCCUGUGAAUCAAUUUUACUCUAAGUUGAAGGGUUUCUGGGAAGAAUUAGUCCAGUUUCUGCCAAUCCCAAGUUGUGAAUGUGGAGGAUAACAUAGGGAUAAAACUAUACCUUGUGUUACUAAGACCACAUUGAGGAAAUACAGAGAGAAUGAGUUUGUGACUCGAUUCAUAACUGGUCUGAGUGAGACAUAUGGGGGGUGCUAAGAUCAAUCUGUUGAUGAUGGUCCCCUUACCAACCAUGGAGACAACAUUCCAUUAUGCUAUCUAGCAUGAAAGACAAGUCUCUAGACCAGGUCGAGAGUCUCAAGUCGAUUCUGUGGCUCUCUUAGCUAAUAACCAGACUAGGGGUAAGGAGAAUGUUAAGGGAGCACAAGGCACCUUGUUAUGCAGAUACUGUAAGAAGGAUAACCAUGUCAUCUCCGAUUGCUACAAACUGAAAAAGAAGAACAAGGAGACAAGUUCUUCAUCUGGAUUGCAGGACACUUACAAGGAGUUGAUGUUUCAGGAGGGGGCAUUCUUCCAAAAGCAGAAACCAGGGCCUUGCCUGAGACAGUUGAUGGUUUCACUAUUAUAAGGCUUUCAAAUGAUGACAUUGGCAGACUUCGGAGGAUCCUCACUCAGUUUGGAUCACCCAGCUCUCCCACCUCACCUGGGUCACCUGGAACAGCCCUUGCUGGACCACAUCAAGCACAACAACCAAUGGUUCUAUGAGCAGGCAUCUUUCUGUGAAUCCAAAUUUUGAAGGUAAAUAGACACUUUCCUCGUGUUACCAGCAACAUCUAUUGGAAUUAAUUAAUGUGUGGUUCCUAGAUACUGGUGCAACAGAUCAUGUUUCUUGCUCAUUGUCUAGUUUCACUAGGCACAAACCUAUUUAGAAUGUGCUUCUUGCUCAUUAUCACCCUUAACUUCUUCUCCUUCCUCACUACCCAUAACUACUUCUCAAACAGAACCAGUUGCUUCUUCCCCUUCCUCCUUUUCUCCUAUUCCAAUUCCACCUUCUCCCCCUUCUUCUUCUCAGCCAAUUGCUCUCAGAAAGGCACCUCGUGUUCCUGUUAAGCCUGUCAAAUAUAAUGAUUAUGUAAUGCACCUAGGAACCACUAACUCAAAAGUUUUAUAUCCAACGAUUGCUUGCUUGUCAUAUGAACAACUGUCAAGCAGUUACAGGAAGUAUGUUUUGGCAGUGGAGUCCACUAUUAUCCCUGGUUCCUUUGAAGAGGCAGUUAAAGAAGAAUAUUGGAGAAUAAUUAUGGAUUUAGAAUUGGAGGCACUGGAAGCUAACUACACCUGAGAUUUAGUUCCCAUACCUUCUCAUUAGAAGUUUAUUGGUAAUAGAUGGGUGUACAACAUCAAGUUUCAUGCAGAUGGUACGUACCAUUGAAAGGUACAAAUCCAGAUUGGUGGCUAAGGGAUUUACACAAAUUUAUGGUGUUGACUUCCUUGAUACUUAUUCCCUAGUGGCUAAGUUAAAUACUGUCAAAACCUUAUUAUGAGUAGCAGCAGCAAAGAAUUGGGACAUAUAUCAACCCGAUGUGAGUAAUGCUUUUCUCAAUGGUGACCUGGAGGAAGAUGUUUACAUGGAGCUUCCUCUUGGACUAUCAAAGCCUGUAUAUGUUUGUAAGUUGAAUAAGUCUCUAUAUGGUUUAAAACAAACAUCCAGGCAAUGGUUCGCCAAGCUUACAUCAGUUUUACUUGAUUUUGGUUACACACAGACUCAGAAUGAUUAUUCAAUGUUCCUUCACCAUUCUUCUGCUGGUACUUCAGUCCUCCUAGUUUAUGUUGAUGACAUCAUCAUUGCUGGAGAUGAUGUUCCAAGUAUGUAGGCCCUGAAAGCACAUCUGAGUCAUCAUUUUAAGCUUCGGGAUCUUGGCCCUCUUCACUACUUCCUUGGUUUGGAAGUGGCACGAUCUAGAGAGGGAUUACAUAUAUGUCAGAAAAAGUAUUGCACAGACCUCAUCACUGAUGUGGAUUUGCUGAUUCUAAGCCAGUACUGACUCCCUUCGACAUGAAGACUCGUCUUUCAGUAGAUGAUGGACCUCUUUUUGAUGAUCCAAGGUUGUUUAGAAGGAUUGUUGGUCGUUUACACUACUUGACCAUCACUAGAGAUCACCUUUGUUGUUCAACAACUCUGUCAGUACCAAGCCGCACCAACCACAACUCAUAUGCAGCUAGCCUAUAGAGUUCUUAAAUACCUCAAAAUGCCCCAGGUCAUGGUCUCUUUUAUCCCUCUUCAUCUGAUUUGAAGCUUAGAGGGUAUAGUGAUUCGGAUUGGGCAUCAUGUCCUGAUACAAGAAGGUCUACAACUGGAUAUUGUAUUUCUUUUGGAGACGCAAUAUGGAAGUAUAAAAAGCAAGGAAUAGUUUCAAGAAGUUCAUAUGAAGCUGAGUAUAGGGGCCUUGCUCAGUUAACAUGCGAAGUUGUUUUGGGUUAAAAGGUUACUCCAGGAGUUUAGUAUUGAUCAUCCUCAGCCAGUUGACCUUUUCUAUGACAGUCGAUCAGCAAUUUAUAUUGCAGAAAAUCCUGUGUAUCAUGAGAACGAAACACAUUGAGAUUUGAUGUCACAUUGUUCGUCAGUUCCAUCAAUCGAAGCUGAUAGGUUUGAGUCACCUAGAAACAGAAAAUCAAAUUGCAUAUCUGUUUACAAAAGGGCUCAGCCGAUUCAGACUCCAUCACCUGAUAUCCAAGCUGAACAUACAAAACUUGUAUGUGUCAGCUUGAGGGAGGGUAUUGGAGAUGCAGCUACAGGUUUCACGAAGGAAGUUGAUCCUUCUCCUAAUGCACUAAGGAUUCCCAAUGCGUCGACGUUUCCCUCAGAAGCAACAGAGGAGCUGAGUAGAUCGCUGCCGUUUUAUUAGUGUGAUGGAGGUUUCCGUUUUUACUGUACAUAUUACACCUGUCUUUCUUUUAUUGGCAGAUACCGUUUUGUUCGUUUGUUAGUGUUGCCUUAUGAUAACUUUGUGCAACAGAGUCUCCUUCUUUUUGAGAAGUUGAUUGGGUAUAUAAAAGGGCCUUGAGCCACCAAAAGAUCCCAUGCGGGUUCUUUCACAAUACCAUUGUUGUUUUCUCAUAGGAAAAGAAGGUUCUAAAGUUCGCUCUAGCUAUAUCAUCAAGCACAAUUAAUUAAUGUGCUUGUAUUAUAAGGGGCAAUGCCCAGUGGAGCCAGCAACCAAGGAGGGACACAAUUCGAGGAACAUUAUCAUGGAAGGCCUUGUAUUAUAUGACAUAUUUAUUGGUAUUCAGAUAUCCCUACUAACCAAAAAGAUAAAAGUUAUCAUUUUUA